AUGGCUGUCAGAAAUGCGAAUGCGGCUCUGCGAAUCGCAGUCUUGGAAUGUGAUCACAAGCUGACGACUGAAUUUGGAAGCUAUGGAGAAAUUCUCGAAAAAUGGCUCUAUCGAGCUAGCCAUGCAGUCCAACACCCGCUGGAGAUAGAUGCUGUUCUCAUAUCGGGAGCCCGUACGUUCCCUGCUGGCAUUCUCAAUCAAUUUGCUAAUUUGGAAUUAGCAACCUCUGUGGAGAGUGACCUUCCGUGGAUCAGAAAGCUUUUGGAGUUUACCUCCUCUGUUGUUUCACAUGCACGAAUCAUGCUUGUCGGUAUCUGCUUUGGACACCAGUUAGUUGCAAAAGCGAUUGGUGGUGAGGUCAGGCAACGAGAAGGCGGUUUUAAAUUAGGCCUUGUACCGACCCAAUUAUCAGAAUUCGGGAAGCAACUCUUUGAGCAGUCGGACUAUAUACCAAAUGCUCACGAUGUUGUCGCUCGCCCUCCUACCGUGGUAGAGUCUACCAAUGUAGAAAUGCUCGGUCGAAGUCAGGAUGGUGACAACCACGGGUUUUAUGCUCCGAAGAAACUCAUUACAUUACAGGGGCAUCCGGAAUUCAACAGGGCGAUCAUGGGAAGUGUUCUGGAAAUCAGCCGAGGGGAUUUAGGAGAUGCUGCAUAUAACGAAGCGAAGACACAGCUGCAUGCCGAUGGAGACGGGGAUCAUGCAGCACGCAUCCUUUCGAAAGUCCUGAUAAAGGACCUCAUGUGA